AAUUCUAAUGAGGCCCACCUGGGUAUAUAUGAGCUUAAGCCCGCGGCUUCGUCCGCGCUUUUUCCGAGGUACCUCUCCGCCGCGCAGAUUCCAAGAUGACGUCCUCAAUGGGAAAGCUGUUGUUUUCCCUGCCCUUGUUCCUGGCGCUUCUGGCAUACGGAGCAGCUGAGGCCCCAAGGUUGGUCUGUUACUUUAGCAACUGGGCUAUCUACCGUCCGGAUGUAGGCAGCUACGGCAUCGACGAUAUUCCCGCUGAGAUGUGCACGCAUGUCAUUUACUCCUUCAUCGGCGUGAGUAACGUCACCUGGGGAGUACUCGUUCUCGAUGAGGAGGUUGACGUCCAAAAAGGCGGCUUCAGCAAGUUCGUCGCUCUAAAAGAGAAGCAUCCCCACCUGAAGACCCUGGUCGCGAUUGGUGGUUGGGGCGAGGGUGGUAAAAAGUACAGCGCGAUGGUUAGCGUGAAAGCCAGACGUGACUCGCUAAUCAGCAGCAUCGUCGAAUUCAUGCACAAGUAUAAGUUCGACGGCUUCGAUCUUGAUUGGGAAUAUCCGGCUGCUAGCGACAGAGGUGGCAAAUUCAGCGACAAGAACAACUUCUUCUACUUUGUCGAGGAGUUGAGGACCGCGUUCGAUAAGGUUGGCAAAGGCUGGGAGAUCACGAUGGCGGUGCCAAUGGCUACGUUCCGUCUUAACGAAGGGUACCACGUACCAGAAUUGUGCGAACUCACCGAUGCCAUCCACGUGAUGUCUUAUGAUCUUCGUGGCAAUUGGGCCGGAUUCGCUGAUGUCCACAGCCCGCUCUACAGGAGACCUCACGAUCAGUAUGCCUACGAGAAACUGAACGUGCACGACGGUCUUCAACUCUGGGAGGACAAGGGAUGCCCCGCCAACAAGCUCGUCGUAGGAAUCCCGUUGUACGGACGUACUUUCACUCUUAGCCAGGGCAACAACAACUUCAAGCCUGGCACUUACAUCAACAAGGAAGCGGGUGGCGGUGCACCCGGCAAAUACACCGGAGCUAAAGGAUUCUUAUCUUACUACGAGAUCUGUAUGGAACUUCAACAGUCGAAUCAAAACGGAUGGAUCAAGGAAUACGAUGACGGGGGCAAAGUACCCUAUAUGUACAAGAAAGAAGGAAAAGCCCCCCAAUGGGUUGGCUACGAGGACGCUGACAGUAUCGUCCACAAGAUGAACUUCCUCAAGGAAAAGAAAUAUCUCGGUGCCAUGGUCUGGGCCGUCGACAUGGACGACUUUAAAGGACUCUGCGGUCCUACGAAUCCUCUCAUGACCGCAAUUUACAACGGUCUGAAGGGUUAUACGGUAGCACCUAAGGAUUACAAGACAACUCCCAGGCCCGAAUGGGACAGACCACCCAGCACUACACCUUCGACAGGUGAGGAGAAACCGAAACCCGAACCUGAACCCACCACAAAUCCCGAGGUAACUACCGAAGUACCUCGUCCUACAACGCCAGUCGAUGAAAACGAAAUCGAGUGCAACGGCCCGAAUAUCAUCCCCAGUAAAGAUUGCACAGUGUACUACGUCUGCAACCACGGCAAACCGAUCAAGACAAAGUGCCCGGCCGGUUUGAUCUUCCAAAUCUCUAAGCUCAUUUGCGAUUGGCCAGUCAACGCCGAUCGCGAGGAGUGCAGAAAUAUCUAAUCCGUCAGUGAUUUGAUUCAAUUGUCUAGCGUUUCAUCGGUUCAUACAUCUCUCAUAGAUCUGCGAGGGAAUUUAUUGCGAUAAUUUCAUAUGACAGAACAUUCGUUACGUGUUAUUAUUUGUUGUUGUGUGGGAUAGCGUGUACGAUGCGAAUAUCGCUGCGAGCAACAAUAAAUCAUCCGCAGUUUA